GCAGAGGCGGAGACCCGGCAGCGGCUGCUGCGCACCGUGAAGAAGGAGGUGAAGCAGAUCAUGGAGGAGGCUGUGACGAGGAAGUUUGUGCAUGAGGACAGCAGCCACAUCAUCUCCUUUUGUGCCGCCGUGGAAUGCUGUGUGCUGUUCGGGCUGAAGCGGAGGGCGGCCGGGUUCCUGCGCAGCAACAAGAUCGCAGCGCUCUUCAUGAAGGUGGGCAAGAGCUUCCCCCUGGCAGAGGAGCUCUGCAGGAAGGUGCAGGACCUGGAGCAGCUCAUUGAGAACGCGAGAAAUCAAGCCCAGGGGGUCCCCGAGAACGUGCGCAAGGUGCCGAAGCUGCCCAACCUGUCUCCUCAGGCCAUCAAGCACCUCUGGAUCCGCACAGCCCUCUUCGAGAAGGUCCUGGAUAAAAUCGUGCACUACCUGGUGGAGAACAGCAGUAAGUACUAUGAGAAGGAAGCUCUCCUGAUGGAUCCUGUGGAUGGGCCAAUACUAGCAUCUUUACUGGUGGGGCCCUGUGCACUGGAAUACACCAAGAUGAAGACUGCUGACCACUUCUGGACAGAUCCCUCUGCGGAUGAGCUGGUCCAGAGGCACAGGAUCCACAGCUCCCACUGCCGCCAGGACUCGCCCACCAAGCGCCCGGCGCUCUGCAUUCAGAAAAGACAUUCCAGUGGCAGCAUGGAUGACAGGCCAUCCCUGUCUGCCAGGGACUACGUGGAGUCCCUGCACCAGAACUCCCGAGCCACGCUCCUGUACGGCAAGAACAACGUCCUGGUGCAGCCGCGAGAUGACAUGGAGGCAAUCCCGGGCUAUCUGUCCCUUCACCAGACUGCUGACAUCAUGGCACUGAAGUGGACCCCCAACCAGCUGAUGAACGGCUCCGUGGGGGACCUGGACUACGAGAAGAGCCUAAGCUCUAAAAAUUCCCAGUGUCAAGACGUGACCAAGGAAGAGAGGAGGCAGAUGGCACACGUGUACUGGGACUAUGCCAUGACCAUUCGCCUGGAGGAGAUCGUGUACCUGCACUGUCACCAGCAGGUAGACAGUGGUGGCACGGUUGUCCUGGUGAGCCAGGAUGGCAUCCAGAGGCCACCUCUGCGCUUCCCCCGUGGAGGACACUUGCUGCAGUUCCUGUCCUGCCUGGAGAAUGGCCUCCUGCCCCAUGGGCAGCUGGAUCCACCCCUCUGGUCACAGCGGGGAAAGGGAAAGGUGUUCCCCAAACUGAAGAAGCGAAGCCCCCAGGGCUCCUCCGAGUCCGCGUCCGACAAGGAAGAUGACGAAGCCACAGAUUAUGUCUUCAGGAUCAUCUACCCCGGGACACAGACAGAGUUUGUGCCCCAGGACCUGAUGGACACUCCAGGGGCUGUCCUGCCCGCCAUGUGGCAGCCCAGCACCCGCAAAUCCUCCUGCUCCUCCUGCUCCCAGAGCGGCUCCUCCGACGGAGGCCCGGCCAACGGCUGCAGCCACGAGAGAGCUCCGCUGAAGCUGCUGUGUGACAACAUGAAGUACCAGAUCCUGUCCCGGGCCUUCUAUGGAUGGUUGGCCUACUGCAGACACCUGUCCACGGUGAGGACCCACCUGUCGGCGCUGGUGAACCACAACAUCGUGUCCCCUGAUGUCCCCUGCAGUGCCAGCGCGGGGCUCACUGUGGACAUCUGGCACAGAUACCUGCAGGACAGCUCGAGUUACGAGGACCAGGAGCUGCUGCGGCUGAUCUACUACGGCGGGAUCCAGCACGAGAUCAGGAAGGCUGUGUGGCCCUUCCUGCUGGGCCAUUACCAGUUUGGGAUGACAGAGGCAGAGAGGAAGGAGGCUGACGAGCAGACCCGGGCGUGCUACGAGCACACCAUGGCAGAGUGGCUGGGCUGCGAGGCCAUCGUCCGGCAGCGCGAGAAGGAGUCCCACGCCGCAGCCCUGGCCAAGUGCUCCUCGGGGGCCAGUCUGGACUCCCACAUCCAGAGGAUGAUGCACAGGGACUCGACCAUCAGCAAUGAGUCCUCGCAGAGCUGCAGCUCUGGCCGGCAGAACCACGCCCGGCUGCAGAGUGACUCCAGCUCCAGCACCCAGGUGUUUGAAUCUGUGGAUGAGGUGGAACAGACUGAAGUAGAUUCUCAGCUGGAAGAUGGCAAACAAAGCAAGAUCCCCAAUGGGACAGUCCCCAACGGCACAUGUUCCCCUGAUUCUGGGCACCCCUCUUCCCAAAACUUCUCCAUCACAUCAGGGUUCUCAGAACGCAGCUUCAGCAACGAGGACAGUGCCCUGGAAACCACCAAAUCCUCAUCCAGCUCCCAGGGAAAGGCUGCUGGCUCCGACCUGCCAGCCCCACCGGACACGGACGGUGUCCAGCAGGAGAAGCUGCAGGGCCAAGACAGCCUGGAAGGUGAAUUUCCCACUGGUGGAAGCGUGGAUUUUGUCCCCAUGGGUGAGGGCUCGGCGGGGCUCCUGCGUGACAGUGACACUGUGGCCCUGACUGUGGUGGAGAGCUGGGCAGACAGCGAGGCUGAGAAGCAGAGCCUGGUGGAGAGUGAGGACAACCUCUCUGAGGAGCCAGAGAUGGAGAGUCUGUACCCACAGCUGGACUCUCUGACUGUGACUGAUCUGACCAGCAGUGAACCAGCUGCUCUCUCCUCCACGGGUGUCACCUACUCUCCAGAGCUGCUGGACAUGUACACGGUGAACCUGCACCGCAUCGAGAAGGAUGUGCAGCGCUGUGACCGCAACUACUGGUACUUCACCCCCGCCAACCUGGAGAAGCUCCGCAACGUCAUGUGCAGCUACAUCUGGCAGCACAUUGAGAUUGGCUACGUGCAGGGCAUGUGUGACCUGCUGGCCCCUCUCCUGGUCAUCCUGGAUGAUGAGGCUCUGGCUUUCAGCUGCUUCACGGAGCUGAUGAAGAGGAUGAACCAGAACUUCCCCCAUGGAGGAGCCAUGGACACCCACUUUGCCAACAUGAGGUCGCUGAUCCAGAUUCUGGACUCUGAGCUCUUUGAGCUGAUGCACCAGAAUGGGGAUUACACUCAUUUCUACUUCUGCUACCGAUGGUUUCUCCUGGACUUCAAGAGAGAGCUGGUGUAUGAUGAUGUCUUUGCUGUCUGGGAGACCAUCUGGGCUGCUGCUCACGUCUCCUCUGCUCACUACGUGCUCUUCAUAGCCCUGGCCCUGGUGGAGAUGUACCGGGACAUCAUCUUGGAGAACAACAUGGAUUUUACAGACAUCAUCAAGUUUUUCAACGAAAUGGCCGAGCGCCACAACACCAAGCAGAUCCUGAAGCUGGCUCGGGACCUGGUCUAUAAAGUGCAGACUCUGAUUGAGAACAAAUGAAGGACCCGGGGCAGAUGAGGCACACAAAGAGGCAGGACUCCCCUCCGACGCUUCCUCCCUUCUCCUGUUUCUCCAAGUGCCACACCUGUGGGACUCAGGUGGUGGGACACGUGCUGCUAUGUGAGCUGGGAGUCCCCUGGGCUCAGCACAGGCCCAGGCUCAGACCUUCUGCAGUGACUCAACCAAAGAUCCCUCCAGGUGUGUUCCUGUGCUGGGAGCAGGACCAGGCAGUGGCUUCCUGGCCUCGGAGCAGCUGCUGUGGCCACCAAAACUGCUCAGGCACUGCCACAUCCCAGGGUGGAGCUCGGGGGCUGGGAGAGCAGGGCUUGGUGGCACAGAGGGAAAGCUGAUUCCUUGGAAAGCUGCUUCCUUGGGCAGCCCUUCCCAGUGGUGUGGGAAGGCAGCCAGCCCUGCGAGCACAGGCAGCGCAGGGAUGCUGCCAGUUCUCUGCUUCUCACCAACACAAUGAAGUUCUGCCAGUAAUGGGGGGCACUUUGAUCACAGAAAUUCCUCUUUUGAUCUUGUCCCUCAAUGCAUUGCUUCCCCUUCAGUGUUAUCUUUUUUUAGGGCUCUGUUUUCUCCCUGGGAUUUUACAUUGUUCCUACAAUAUCUGAGCACACAAGAGGUUCGUGUCUGGAUGGAUUUUCAGAACAGCUCCAAAUUCAGCAUUGGGGUUAUUUUUCAAAAUCCAGCCUCUUUAAUGUUCUCUGAACGCUGGGAAAUCUGGUCCUGACCUCCUCUGGGAACUCCAGGGUGGAGGUUUUCUUACCUGCCUUACUUUAGCUGCUUGUGGUAGGAGUCUGGUCUCUUGUUGUUCCUCUGAGCUCUUGUGAGGGAAGGGCUCCUCAGAAGGUAAGUCAGAGCUCCUGAUUAUCCUGACUUUCCCUCUGACAGCUUCAGGGCUGGCUGUUGAGUCCCUAAACCCACUGAGCAUCUCCAGUUAGGUCUUGGUGGGCUUUUCCCACAGGCCUGUGAGAGGAAAAUAGCCCAAGGUCCCUGAGUGGGCUUUGCUUUGGGAAGAUGCACUUGUGUGGCCACUUUUCCUGCACAGCCUGGAGCCCACUGCAUGAAGUGCCUCUCCAGCUGCUGUGUCCCACACAGGCUGCCCUGCAGAGGCUUCGGAGUAAUUUUUCAACUCAGGUAAAAACAAUACAGGAAAAGGAGAGGGGUGGGUGGAUGGAGGGUCCAGCCCAGCCUGGGAGGGCAGUGCUGGGGGUGCUGGGCUGGAGCUCUCUCUGAGGGUACUUUCUCUCAAGUUUUGCUGCAAACAUUUAUGUUCCCCCCUGGUGCAAUGUGUGCUGUGUGUGUGCUCUCCUCUGGCACUUCUCCUUGCUGCUGGAGUGCUCCCACAGGAGGGAAAGGGGCCCUUCCUCCUCCUGUGGAACAUCU